AUGCUGUAUGCCCAGAGCGAGUUCAAGUUUGCACUUCCGGAUGCCUGCGCAGAGAAGAUCAUGACGCUGCUGGUGCCUGCGGGCGCCAAGGGCGUAAAGAAGGACGACUUCCAGCGGGUGAAGGUUCAGGUGGGAAUUGCACGGGAGCAGAAGAUCGACCUCGAGCGGAAGAAGAAGCGGGAGCAAAGGGAGCUGGAGAUCGAGGAGAUGAAGGAGAAGAUGAAGGGAAGCAUUGAGGAGAUGACCUCGAAAGUGGGGGAGGUGGAGGAGUUGUCGAAGACCAUGAAGGCCAUGGCAGUGCUGUUGCUACAUGGGUGCGCGGGGGAGGCCGCCAAGGCCAAGCUGCGCUGGGUGCAGCGGCGAGGGCUCUGGCGAGACACAGGGGUCUCAGUGCUGGCAGUGGUGUGGGCCGAGAUGCAGGUGGAGACGCGAAACGUGCAGCUCGCCAGGCUGAUGAAGGAGAUGAAGGACGCCCUGACGUUUCAGCUCGGGGAGGGCGCCGUCAUUGACGUCCUUGACGACGUCUCACGGCCGGGCCGGGUCUACGUGUGCCUCUUCACCAAGGCAGAGGAGUGCCUAGACAUCCGGGGCCAGUGGAAGCCCUACACGCUGGGGCAGGCCCAGGUGACCUGGGCCGACACCAUCGACACGGCCUCCAGCCACUUCGGGCCGCGCCUGCGGAGCUGCUGGAACCCGCAGCACGCCUCCAUCUCCGCGGUGAGCCUGGAGCUGCCGGCCGCCUGGGCCUUCAGGAACCUACAAGGCGAGAAGGUCUGCAAAUGCAGCGCUGGGACGCAUUGGCACGACUUCGCCCAGCUUUUCGGCGAUGUCAAGGAGGUGACGUUGGUCCGGCUUGGUGACGUGGCGCAUCUGGUGAUCGACUUCACCUCCAACCGUGGGGCCUGGGGCGUCUACAAGGCGCUCACGGGCCGGGCCUUGCACAACCCCAUGGCAGCCCGAAUGAAGCCGGAGUUCGCUUUCGCCUUGGUGCGCGCGGCCUAUGGCGUCUAUAGCGCCCUCCUCACUCGCGCGGUGCGCGGGGGCAGCUCCGCGCGGCAGAGCUGGCCCUCGCUGGCGCGGCCCCUGAAGACGCCGGAGGACCGGCUGGCGGGCCCGGUCUUUGAGCUCUGCCCUUUGAAGUGGGGCGUCGCACCCUCGCAGGAGCGACUGCAGAUUGCCCACUGGGGCCCCUCGCUCCUGGGCAUCGGUCGCGAGAGGAGUCGGCACCUUUGCAUCGGCCAGGAGGGCCUGGGCAUCAGCAACCUCCACGCGGAGCUGAAGCUGAUGUCUCCGGUCUCGGGGGACGACUUCCACGAGAAGCGGCUCUUCGUGAGGGACCUCUCCAAGAACGGCUCCUUCGUGAACGAGCAGCGGGUGCCCAAGGGCAACUGGGUGGAGCUCCGGGACAAAGACGUGCUGCGCCUCGCAGAGCUCCCGCAAUACGUGGUCCAUCGCUUCGAGCACUUCGACCCCGCGCAGAUGGCGGCGGCGCUGGGGGCUCCGGGCAAGGGCCCAGAGGAGGAGCCGGAGCUGGACAUGCCGGCGUGCCCCUUCUUCCUGGACGCGGCCAAGGUUCCGGGCCAGCCCUGGGCGGAAGUUCCCCGGCUGCCUCCGGAGGACGCCCCGACGCGAAGAGGGCCAGGAAGCGCCGUCCAAGCGGCGUCGGACCGCCUGAGAUGGGCGUCUGACGGGUUGGCGGGCCGGAGCUGGCGCGCCAACGCCUCGUUGCAUGCAGAGAAAAACGAGCGAGCGGCCCAGCAGGCGCUGAAGUCCCCGGAGGUGAAGUCCACGGAGCUGAUCGCCAAGCUCCAGGAGUUGGCCUCGCAGUCGGCAGAGGUGGUGGAGAAGUCUGUGGCGCUGCGAAAAGCCAUGAACGAGCUCAAGGAGGGAGCGGAGAAGGAGGUAGUGAGGUGGCUUCAGACCGAGCUCAAGCCUUUGUUUGCGAAGUGCAAGUCGGCAGAGCAAGCUGCGGGUCAGAGCAGCCAGUUCGUGAAGCGGCAGCGCCUCACCGCGGACAAGCGCCAGCGCAGCGAGCUGGAGCAGCUCCAGAGGCAAGCCUUGGACGUUAUCCGUCAGUACCAGAAGGCGAUGGGGCGCAUCCAUCGCAUGGCCCAAGCCAUGGCCGACUUUUCGCUGCGCCGUGUGGUGGGCCUGGUGAUUGUGGCCCUGGGUGUGUCCAGCCUGUCUGCAGCACUGAGUUUCGUGGCCCAUGGCGGCGCCUCCAAGCCCGCCCCGCGGGUGCAGAUGCAGGCCACCCGUGUGCAGGACAAGAGCGACAACUUUAUCGACAAGGCGUUCACCAUCAUGACGGACCUGGUGGUGGCCACCAUGCCCUUGGCCCAGCAGGAGAAGGACGCCUACCAAUUCUACCGCGACGGCAUGCAGGCCCAGGUGGCCGGCGACUACUCCGCGGCCUUGCGGUCCUACGCGGAGGCGCUGAAGCUGGAGGAGGACCCGAUUGACAGGAGCUACAUCUUUUACAACCUGGGCAUCAUUUUUGGCUCCAACGGAGAGUAUGUCAAGGCUGUGAAGUACUACCACUUGUCCCUGGAUCAAAACAAGGAGAUUUGCCAGGCCUACAACAACAUCGCGGUCAUCUACCACGACCAGGCGGUGCGGGCAGAGAAGAAAGGCGCCCUCGACAAGUCCACGGUGCUCUACGAUAAGGCGGCGGAGUACUGGAACCAGGCGCUCCGCAUUGCGCCCACCAACUACCUGGAAGCGCAGAAUUGGCUGCUCACCACCGGCCGAAUGAGCCAAGAGGCGCAGAACAAGCUGGGAGGAAUCUGGUGA